UAGUAAAAGAAAUUUUCUACACCAUUAAGUCAAAGUCGUUAUUGGAAGUCCAAGCUAUGGAUAAAGACGCCUCCAUACAGAAUGGUGCCCUUUUGGAAUCACCUGUCAGUGCUGGUGACGGACUACCAAAUGCUGGUGAAGAUGUAGCACAAGAUGGAACUAAAACGAAGUCUUUCCUUCAGAGAAUUAGACAGUCGUCAUACAGAUCCAAAUUUAUUCAGAGUGUUUCACUUUCUUUUGCUUUCUGGUGUUUAGGUAUUCAAAUUGGUCAGAGGGGUCCAUCAUUCUUGGAUAUCCAACUAAUAACUAACACUAAUGUGGAAAAAGCUUCUACGUUUUUUACUGCUGGUUCUGUAGGCUAUCUGUGUGGUUCCUUAAUCAGUGGCGUCCUGUAUGACAGAUUUAACAAAAGGCUUCUACUGUGUUUGAUUUUAGUAUUCAUGGCUAUCACGGUCGCCGUACUACCACUGUGUUCACCAUAUGGACUCAUGCUGGUGAUCUUCUGGGCUAAUUCGUGUUUUAUGGGCGGAAUGGAUACAGCUGGAAACGCUCUUCUUGUUUCACUGUGGGGAGAAGAGGAAGGUAGACCAUACAUGCAGGCCGGGCAUUUUGCCUUCGCCUUUGGUGGAGUUGUCUCGCCUUUAAUGACGGCCCCGUUCCUGGCUCCAAACACUGAAGAGAUAUCGAUCAACUCCUCGUCAACAACAUUUACCCUACAUUCUUCUCUUUUGUCCAAUACCACGACCCCACCGUCUAGUCCUGUGCUGAAUACUACGCUAUUAGAUUAUAACAUCACCAAUGAUAACUCAACUCUAGGAAACAAUAUCACCACAGUUGCUGAACCUAUUGGAACUAAAUUAAUCUAUGCUUAUAUAAUAUCUGGUAUUCUCACCUUACUAUCCGCCAUUCCUUUCAUGGUGAUAUAUUGUCGUUACAAGUCACAGAAGAUGAAGAGGAAUCAACCCAAGAAGCAGGAUGAAGAUGGACUACCAAGAGAUCUUCCUUGGAAAUAUUUCAUAGUGGCUGUUGUUCUUUUAAAUUUGCUCUAUGUAACGUAUUGUGCUGUAGAGGACACAUUUGCCGCGUAUUUACUGACUUUUGUGGUAAUGCAACUGAAAUGGAGUAAGGCGAAGGGCACGCAAGUUACUUCUGUAUUUUGGGCAGCUUUUGCUAUAGGGCGAUUUUCAGGAAUUUUUGUUAUACGUUGUUUUCGACCGGGUGCAAUAAUAUUUUUGUUCCUAGCAAGUUUAAUUUUAAGCUUGACGGGCUUUUUACUCUGUUCACAUUAUCAAAUACACAUAGGAAUUUGGAUUUUCGCAGUUUUAGUCGGCCUUUCUCUGUCCGUUGUAUUUCCUACAGGGUUCACCUGGGCUCAAGAAAAUCUCCUCAACAUAAAUGGUAAAGUAACAUCUAUUAUAUUAAUAGGUGCGUCAACCGGCACCAUGAUCAAUCCUAUUAUUAUGGGAUAUUUGAUGGAAGAGUUAACUCCCAUGUGGUACUGUUAUUUAUUAGUAGGCGAGAGUAUUUUAUGUCUUGCAAUAUUUGUCGUUUUGUUAUUCGUAUCUAAAUUUGUUUUAGUUCACAAACGUAUCUUGAAAACUAUCACAAUAGAAGUUGAGUCACCGCAAGCAGAAUCUAUUAAUAAUGGCACACCUUUUAUACCAAAUAAUAAUAUAUCAUCUGAACUAUGAAAUUCCAUAUUAAAAUUAUUUUAGUAAUUGUUUGGUUAUUAAAUAAUGUGAUAUAGAUAUUUUUUAUU